AUGGACGAUGAUGGAUGGGAUUUGCAUGCGGUGGUUAGGAGUUGUGCGGCUAACACAUACGUCUCUACUAUAGAAAAUACUCCAAGGUUGGAGACAGUACAAAAUGAAAGCAAAUCGAUUCCAUAUACGCGUGAGUUAGAAGAAAUUUAUAAAAGUGUUGGUAAAAGUUGUGUUCAGCCGUUACAUGUAACGGCUGGUGUUGCGGCUGCCACCAUAUGUACCAUGACUACGACCACGACCACGACCACAACCACCUCUAUUCCUGGAGAAAGAUUUGUAUUUGAACGUCCGUUUGGUGAUUCUAUAUCAUUUAUCAUCAACAAUGAAGAUCAUUCAUCUAGUCAUGCUAGAAAAAGGAAAAAUAAGAGGAAGAAGAGGGUGAUUGGAUUGAGAGAAGAGGAAUUGAGUAAUGAUGGAUGGGCAUGGAGGAAAUAUGGCCAAAAACCCAUCAAAGGCUCUCCACAUCCAAGAAACUAUUAUAGGUGUAGUACAACAAAGGAUUGUUUGGCAAAGAAACAAGUAGAACGAAGCCCCUCGGACACGUCAAACUUUGUUGUUUCAUACUACGGAGACCAUUUACACCCACGACCUACACAUCUAAGUUCGCUAGCAGGUACCACUAGGAGUACUAAAUCCAAUAUGUUGUCCGCCACAUUGCCUGAACUACCAACACUUUCUUCUUCUUCUUCUCCGCCAUCUACAUCUAGUAUUUCUCUACCAACAUCAUCCAAGGAAGAUCAAACUGAAAUGAAGGAUGAAGGUGUUAAUUGAUAAAUUUAUCAGCAACUAUAUAUUGAAGCGAAAAUUCAUCUAUGUAGUGUUGCAUAGGUGGUGUCUAAA